AUGUCGCAAUCUACGCAAUUUGAAUUGCACAUCAUUAUGGGAGUUUUAUUGAGGUUGCUUUACACUGCACAUGCUGUCUCACGUGAUAUAUACACCGACAUUACGGAGGGCUUCUUCCUCCUACAACUGCCUCGCAAGAGUCAGCUGCUUGCCUCCGGUGGUAGCGUGUUAUCUCUCACGCAGUCACGACUCAAAUUUGUCUCUCCCGCCUCCCCUCUGUAA